CCCCGGGAGAGCUGGCGGUGGGUGGUUGUGUUUCUUCUGCCCGCUCAGAGCAUCACUUGCGCGCUGCCGAAAGCCGGGAGCGGUUGCGCAGCGGGGAUUUCCUGUCCUCCCGGCCCCCGCGGACACUCCUGCAAGCCGUGACCGGAGCCAGGGCACCCUCCCCUUUGCGCCCACAGUCCUGCACUACGGCGCCCGUUCCACCUCCGCGCCUUCUUCGCGGGACAGGCCCAGGGAGAAAGAACCGGCGCCCGGGUCCUGGGCACUGCGCCCGGCGCGAGGUGCGGGAUGGAGAGCAAGGCGCUGCUGGCCAUCGCUCUGUGGCUCUGCGUGGAGACCAGGGCUGCCUCAGUGGGUUUGCCUAGUGUUUCCCCUGAUCCACCCAGACUCAGCAUACAGAAAGACAUACUUACAAUUAUGGCUAAUACAACUCUUCAGAUUACUUGCAGUGGAGAGAGGGACUUGGACUGGCUCUGGCCCAACAAUCAGAGUGGCUCUGAGAAAAGAGUGGCAGUGACUGAGUGCAAGGACAGCCCCUUCUGUAAGAUGCUCACAAUCCCAAAAGUGACUGGAAAUGAUACUGGAGCCUACAAGUGCUUCUACCAGGACACUGACAGGGCCUCAACCAUUUAUGUCCAUGUUCAAGAUUACAGAUCUCCAUUUAUUGCUUCUGUUAGUGACCAACAUGAAGUUGUUUACAUCACUGAGAAGAAAAACAAAACUGUGGUGAUUCCAUGUCUUGGGUCCAUUUCCAACCUCAAUGUAUCACUUUGUGCAAGGUAUCCAGAAAAGAGGUUUGUUCCUGAUGGUAACAGAAUUUCCUGGGACAGUAAGAAAGGCUUUAUUAUCCCCAGCUACAUGAUCAGCUAUGCUGGCAUGGUCUUCUGUGAAGCAAAAAUUAAUGAUGAAAGUUACCAGUCUAUUAUGUACAUAGUUGUGGUUGUAGGGUAUAAGAUUUAUGAUGUGGUUGUCAGCCCCCCUCUUGAAAUUGAGCUGUCUGUUGGAGAGAGGCUUGUCUUAAACUGUACUGCAAGGACUGAACUAAAUGUGGGGAUUGAUUUCAACUGGGAAUACCCUUCUUCGAAGCAUCGGCAUAAAAAAGUUGUCAUCCGGGACCUAAAAACCCAGUCUGGAAGUGAGAUGAAGAAAUUUUUGAGCACCUUGACUAUAGAUGGUGUAACCCGGAGUGACCAAGGACAGUAUAUCUGUGCAGCUUCCAGUGGGAUGAUGACCAUGAAAAGCAACACGUCAGUCAGGGUCCAUGAAAAACCUUUUAUUGCUUUUGAUAGUAGCAUGGAAUCUUUGGUGGAAGCCACAGUGGGAGACCGUGUUAAAGUCCCUGUGAAGUACCUUGCUUACCCUACCCCUGAAAUAAAAUGGUAUAAAAAUGGAAAACCCAUUGAGUCCAAUCACACAGUAAAAGGGCAAAAGGAACUGGUUAUUACGGAAGUGAGUGAAAAAGAUACAGGAAAUUACACUGUCAUCCUCACAAACCCCAUGUCAAAGGAGAGACAAAGCCACAUGGUAUCUCUGGUUGUGAAUGUCCCACCGCAGAUCGGUGAGAAGUCCCUGAUCUCUCUGGUAGAUUCUUACCAGUACGGCACCACACAAAUGCUGACAUGCACGGUCUACUCUGUCCCACCGCCACAUCACAUUCGCUGGUAUUGGCAGCUGGAGGAGUGCGCCUACAAGCCCUUCCACGCUGCCUUAAUGACAAACCCACAUACUUGUAAAGGAUGGAGAAAUGUGGAUGACUUCCAGGGGGGAAAUAAAAUUGAAGUCAACAAAAAUCAAUUUGCCAUAAUUGAAGGAAAAAACAAAACUGUAAGUACCCUUGUUAUCCAAGCGGCAAAUGUGUCAGCCUUGUACAAAUGUGAAGCCAUCAACAAAGUUGGGAGAGGAGAGAGGGUGAUCUCCUUCCAUGUGACCAGGGGCCCUAAAGUCACUUUGCAACCUCAUGCCCAGCCAACUGAGCAGGAGAGUGUGUCUUUGUGGUGCUCUGCAGACAGAACUAUGUUUGAGGACCUCAUGUGGUACAAGAUUAGCUCACAGGCUCUGCCAAGCCAUGUGGGAGAGUUGCCCACACCUGUUUGCAAGAACUUGGAUGCUCUUUGGAAAAUGAAUGCCUCCAAGAUCUCUAAUGGCACAAGUGACAUUUUGAUCAUGGAGCUCCAGAAUGCAUCCUUGCGGGACCAAGGAGACUAUGUGUGCUUUGCCCAGGACAGGAAGACCAAGAAAAGACAUUGCGUGGUCCGACAGCUCACGGUAUUAGAGCGUGUGGCACCCAUGAUCACUGGAUUCCUGGAGAAUCAGACUACAAGCAUUGGUGAAACCAUUGAAGUUUCAUGCACCACGUCUGGGAAUCCCCCUCCACAAGUUACAUGGUUUAAAGAUAAUGAGACACUUGUAGAAGACUCAGGUAUUGUACUGAAGGAUGGGAACCGGAACCUAACCAUCCGCAGGGUGAGGAAGGAGGACGAAGGCCUCUAUACCUGCCAGGCAUGCAAUGUUCUUGGGUGUGCAAAAGUGGAGGCAUUUUUCAUAGUAGAAGGUGCCCAGGAGAAGACAAACUUAGAAGUCAUUAUUCUAGUAGGCACAGCAGUGAUUGCCAUGUUCUUCUGGUUAUUACUUGUCAUCGUUCUACGGACCGUUAAGCGGGCCAAUGGAGGGGAACUGAAGACAGGCUACUUGUCCAUCGUCAUGGAUCCAGAUGAACUCCCCUUGGAUGAGCACUGUGAACGCCUGCCUUAUGAUGCCAGCAAGUGGGAGUUCCCCAGAGACCGGCUGAAACUAGGUAAACCUCUUGGCCGUGGUGCCUUUGGCCAAGUGAUUGAAGCAGAUGCCUUUGGAAUCGACAAGACAGCAACUUGCAAGACAGUGGCCGUCAAAAUGUUAAAAGAAGGAGCAACACACAGUGAACACCGAGCCCUCAUGUCUGAACUCAAGAUCCUCAUUCAUAUUGGCCAUCAUCUCAAUGUGGUCAAUCUUCUAGGAGCCUGUACCAAGCCAGGAGGGCCACUCAUGGUGAUAGUGGAAUUUUGCAAGUUUGGAAAUCUGUCAACUUACUUAAGGAACAAGAGAAAUGAAUUUGUCCCCUAUAAGACCAAAGGGGCACGGUUCCGUCAAGGGAAAGAAUAUGUUGGGGAAAUCACUAUGGAUCCCAAACGCCGCUUGGACAGUAUCACCAGUAGUCAGAGCUCAGCCAGCUCUGGAUUUGUGGAGGAGAAAUCCCUCAGUGAUGUGGAGGAAGAGGAAGUUUCGGAGGAUCUGUACAAGAACUUCCUGACCUUGGAGCAUCUCAUCUGUUACAGCUUCCAAGUGGCUAAGGGCAUGGAGUUUUUGGCAUCACGGAAGUGUAUCCACAGGGACCUGGCUGCACGCAACAUCCUCUUGUCGGAGAAGAACGUGGUUAAAAUCUGUGACUUUGGCUUGGCCCGGGAUAUUUAUAAAGACCCAGAUUAUGUCAGAAAAGGAGAUGCUCGCCUCCCUUUGAAAUGGAUGGCCCCAGAAACAAUUUUUGACAGAGUGUACACAAUUCAGAGUGAUGUAUGGUCUUUUGGUGUCUUGCUCUGGGAAAUAUUUUCGCUAGGUGCUUCUCCAUAUCCUGGAGUAAAGAUCGAUGAGGAAUUUUGUAGGCGAUUGAAAGAAGGCACUCGAAUGAGGGCCCCUGAUUAUGCCACACCAGAAAUAUACCAGACCAUGCUUGACUGCUGGCAUGGGGAGCCCAAUCAGAGACCCACGUUUUCUGAGCUGGUGGAACACUUGGGAAAUCUGUUACAAGCUAAUGCUCAGCAGGAUGGCAAAGACUACAUUGUUCUCCCGAUAUCAGAGACUUUGAGCAUGGAAGAGGAUUCUGGACUCUCUCUGCCUACCUCACCUGUUUCCUGUAUGGAGGAAGAGGAAGUGUGUGACCCCAAAUUCCAUUAUGACAACACAGCAGGAAUCAGCCAGUAUCUGCAGAACAGUAAGCGAAAGAGCCGGCCUGUGAGUGUAAAAACAUUUGAAGAUAUCCCGUUGGAAGAACCAGAAGUAAAAGUAAUCCCAGAUGACAACCAGACGGACAGUGGUAUGGUCCUUGCAUCAGAAGAGCUGAAAACCUUGGAAGACAGAACCAAAUUAGCUCCAUCUUUUAGUGGACUGAUGCCCAGCAAAAGCAAGGAGUCUGUGGCAUCCGAAGGCUCUAACCAAACAAGUGGCUACCAGUCUGGGUAUCACUCCGAUGACACAGACACCACUGUGUACUCCAGCGAGGAAGCUGAACUGUUAAAGCUGGUGGAGAUUGGACCACCAGCUAGCAGUACGGCCCAGAUUCUCCAGCCUGACUCUGGGCCCACAUUGAGCUCUCCUCCUGUUUAAAAGGAGGCACCCACGUCCCCCACUCCUGGAAAUCACAUGAGAGGUGCUGCUCAGAUUGUCAAGUGUUGUUCUUUCCAUCACUAGGAAGUAGCCACAUUUGAUUUUCAUUUCAAAAAAAAAAAAGGACCUCAGACUGCAGGGAGCCAGUCCAGUAGGCAUUUCCUGAGAAGAUGUUUGUGACUCAAGAAUGUGUUUGUGUUUUCUCCCGGUGUUGACCUUCUGUUUAUGCAUUUAGAAAGCAUGUAUGAUGCCCCUUACUGUGGGUCUCCCCAUGGGUUCUAACAAAAGAAGUUCAAGGAAUGGCUGCAUCCUCUGUGAAGUGGCAGCACCUGGGGAGUUGACACCUCUCUGUAAAACCAGAAGAUAAACCAAGCAGUGCAAGUGCUUUAGGUGUUGAAGAUGGGAAAGACCUUUAGGGCUGAGUCCAUCCAAGAAGCUUUGUUCAGGAUACGGGUUCUGAGCCAAGUCGUACGUGUGGGGUUUGGAUUGACAGAAAGGAAGAUGUCGGUUUGCUUUGAGAGUGUCCUGGAGCCUGCAGAUGCAUUGUGUUGGCUCUGGUGGAGGUGGGCCUGGGGUCUGUUAGGAAAGGUAAAGGCUUCAGAUGAGGUUACUGGUUUAGAAGAUUUCGUGCUCUUCCCAGUUGGGCUAAAUGAGAGCUCCUUGAGCUGUUUCCGACUCCUGAUGAGAGUUCCUUCCGGACUCUUACGUGUCUCUUGGCCAAGCCCCAGGAAGGAAAUGAUGCAGCUCUGGCUCCUUGUCUCCCAGGCCGAUCCUUUAUUCAGAACACCAUAAAGAAUGGACAUUCAGACAGAGACUCCCUGUCGUGUUGAAGAGUUCUGACUGCAUAAACCAGCUUCUGGUUUCUUCUGGAUGAAUACCCACAUAUCUGUCCCGAUGUGAUAUAUGUCUGAGCCUGAAUGCAGUAGGUUCCGUAUCAAGCUGUGGUGUCAAAGUUUCAGAAAGGAUUUUACUCUUUUGUUCCUUCUCCCCUCCCUGAGCUCGGCCCCUUUCACCCCAAUCAGUCAGUAUUUUAGCAAUUUGGCCUCUGCACUCUAGUAAGAACUGAUUUGGUUUGUUCACUCUCUGAAUGACUGACUAUUAGCCAGAUUUCAAAAUUAUUUUAUAGCCAAAGUUUUAACAACAUCUAUUGUAUUAUUUAGAAUUUUAACAUGUCAAGCUAUUUCUACUGGUUUCUGCCCUUGUAUUUUUCAUUUGGUACCAUAGUGUGAGAUGCUGGGAACCAUGACUGUAAAACAUGCUAUGGCACAUAUAUUUAUAGUCUGUUUAUGUAGAAACAAAUGUAAUAUAUUAAAACCUUAUAUUAUAUAUGAUGAACUUUGUACUAUUCACAUUUUAUACCAGUAUUAUGUAGCAUAACAAAGGCCAUAAUGCUUUCAGCAAUUGAUGCCAUUUUAUUAAAAAAAAAAAUUGAAAAAACUUAAA